AUGACGUCAGCCUGGACACCGCUCUGCGUCAGGCUCCGCCCUUUCCGCCUCCCGUUGGCCCCGUCCCUCGGACGGCGCCUCCACGUCGGCCAGCGCGCCUCCAUCACCAAAGCGUUCUCGGCGCGCGACGUGGAGCUGUUCGCCGAGUUAACGGGCGACAGCAACCCGCUCCACGUCGACCCGGCCUACGCUAGCACCACGUCCUUCGAGGCGCCCAUCGUCCACGGCGUCCUCAUCAACGGCCUGAUGUCGGCGGUGCUCGGCACCCGGAUGCCUGGCCCCGGCAGCGUCUUCCUGUACCAGGAGAUCCGCUUCCCGGCACCGCUCUUCGUCGGCGAGGAGGUUCUGGCCGAGGCGGAAGUGCGUAAAAUCAAGAUGUCGUUUGCCUUCAUCGCGGUGACGUGCUCCGCCAAGGACAAGGUGGUGAUGGAGGGGGAGGUGAUGGUGAUGAUGCCCGAGAAGCAGCAGCAGGAGUGA